AGCUUUGACUCCACAUUCAGUUUGACCAGGUUGCUGCUUAAUCAUGUCUGGCCGCGGAAAAGGAGGAAAGGGACUCGGUAAAGGAGGCGCUAAGCGUCAUCGUAAGGUUCUCCGUGAUAACAUCCAAGGAAUCACGAAGCCCGCUAUCCGCCGACUGGCUCGCCGUGGAGGAGUGAAGCGUAUCUCCGGCCUGAUCUACGAGGAGACCCGCGGUGUCCUCAAGGUGUUCCUUGAGAACGUCAUUCGUGAUGCAGUCACCUACACCGAGCACGCCAAGAGAAAGACCGUCACCGCCAUGGAUGUGGUCUAUGCCCUAAAGAGGCAGGGACGCACCUUGUAUGGCUUCGGCGGUUAGACAAUACAAUUCUUGUGGAAACCCAAAGGCUCUUUUAAGAGCCACCCACAUCCACCUUAAAGAAGCCGUUUUCUUGUUAGAAUUGGCGUAAGAUCUGCAAU